GAGCUUCCUUCCCAGAUACGGGAGCUUCCUUCUCCUCGCAAGACGUGCGCGCCGAGCCCAAGAUGAAGGUCGAGUUUGCUCCGCUCUGUCUGCCGCUGCAAAGGAGGCUUCAGACUGCAUCUGUGGUUCAGUGGGUCUUCAGCUUCAUAGCUCUAGGACUGUGCUGCAUAGCUCUCUUCAUCUGCCUCUUCUUCACACGUUUUUGGCUGGUCAGUGUCCUCUACGCAGCAUGGUGGCUAAUAGACAGGGAAACACCCCACAAAGGUGGGAGGCGGAUUCAUGUCAUCCGGAACAGUGUCGUCUGGAGAUACAUGAGGGACUAUUUCCCCAUCACGCUGGUGAAGACAGCGGAGCUGGACCCCCGGAAGAACUACCUGCUGGGCUUCCACCCCCACGGCGUCCUGGCAGCGGGAGCCUUCCUCAAUUUCUGCACGGAGGCGUCGGGGUUCUCCAUGCUCUUCCCAGGCAUCACUCCCCACCUGAUGAUGCUCUCCCUGUGGUUUCGCAUCCCCUUCUUCAGGGAAUACUUGAUGAGUGGAGGCCUGGUGUCCUCUGACAAGGAGAGCGCAUCCCACGUGCUGCGGCGGCCCGAGGGGGGCAACGCGCUGACCAUCAUUGUCGGCGGGGCGCAGGAGGCGCUGGACGCCCGGCCGGGAUCCUUUGUCUUGCUGCUGAGGAAGAGGAAGGGCUUCGUCCGCUUGGCCAUCGAGCACGGCACCCCACUGGUCCCCAUCUUCUCCUUCGGCGAGAACGAGCUCUUCAAACAGGUCAGCAACCCCAAGGGCUCCCGUCUGCGGCAGCUCCAGCACCGGCUCCAGCAGAUCAUGGGCGUCUCCCUUCCUCUCUUCCACGCACGAGGCAUCUUCCAGUACAGCUUCGGGCUCAUCCCCUACCGUCGGCCCGUCUACACUGUGGUUGGGAAGCCGAUUCCUGUGCAGAAGAAGCACAACCCCUCCGAGGAAGAUGUUGAUCGAAUACAUCAGAAAUACUUAGAUGAAUUGUCCAAGCUCUUUGAGGAACAUAAAGCUAAAUACAACAUUCCUGAAGACAGACACCUUGAAUUUAUUUAGAGCUCCUCAUAUGGGAAUAUCUAUCUGACUGCCGAGCCUGGACCAGUUAAUGGAAACAGGAUGAUGAGCCAUAAUUUCUGCUGAAUGUAUAUAUAUUUUUAAGUGUUGUU